ACGUUAGCGAGGUGGCUCAUCGGGUAGUGUGCCGUAGGAAUCUUCGUAAGUAGCAACAUCGUUUUUUUUCUCCUUUGCAUUCGGAUGGACGGAGUCCGUGUAAGCAGGUAUCGUUAGGAGGAAUUUAAAUUUGUGCAUAUUGAGAAAGUGGAUCUCUCGAUAUUACGUGUAUUAAUAUCAAUUGACGAUUUAAAACAAACAAAAAUAAGAAGGAAGACUUGAAGAAAUGUGGAAAAUGGAUUCCCGAGAAGGGGCUAUAGUUAGUCGCUUUCCACGACCGAAUCUACGUGGGAUGACAAGAGAUAGAAUCACGGCAGGCUCGAAGCGGAAUGUCCGUGGGUUCGGGAGGGCGGGCUCCCAUUAAACGUACAACCGGAACCACGACAUCGACCAUUAAUAAUUCGACCAAAAAUAAGUCGAAGCUCGAGCCAAGGCCGCCGCCGUCUGGAGUUGGAAAAAAAAGAACGGACGCGGUGUCGUUGCUUUUCAGCGCGAAAAGGCCGCCUGGGAGAAAAGUCGAACGAACACCGACUAAAACAACGACAACUCCAACGACAACGACGAGGACGACGACGAAGACUCCUCAAAAGUCGCCGAGGACGAAAUCGGUUGAACUGUUAAAAGGACAGCAAAGCCAGCAGCAGCAGCAGCAACAACAGCAGCAGCAGCAGCAGCAAUCGACGCAGGGCACACAACAACAACAACCACAACAGCAACAGGUCCCCCUGCGUCAGGCCCCGAGCGCCGCCUCGCUCGAAACAAAAACUGAGAAUUUAUCGACAGAAAACUGGAGUUCGAUCGGUAAAGAAGUUCCCAAGAGCAACGCCAAGAAUCAGCAACAGCAUCACAAGGGACCCGCUAAGGGGUCCAGGAUGCAGGAGCUGGAACGGGAAAUCGAGAUCUUACGAAAGGAUCGUGCCCGGCUUGAGGCUGACCUAAGGGAAGCAUCUACUGACGCUCAAUCUCUACGCGAGCUCAAAACUGAACUCGCCUCUCUCAAGGAGCAGCAUAGUCUGGAGUUAGAUCGCCUUACAGAAGAGAAUGAAGCUCUUCGCGCCCGUCUUAGGAAUGUAGCUCACUCUCCAUUAUCUGAUUCAGAGAAGCAACAGCUGCUAUUAGAUGCAUCAAGGCUUCAUAAUUCUGCACCAGCUUCGAUUGCUAUACCUCAAGAUGAUAGCUGUACGCCAAAUGCAAAUAUAUCACAAGAUAAUGCGCAAUGCACGACUCCGGAUUGGGAUAAACAUUCCUCUAGCUCUAUAUCAGAAGUUUCAGUGGCUUGUCUUCAAGACAGAAUACUACAAAUGGAAGAAACGCAUUAUUCUACUAAUGAAGAGCUACAGGCAACUAUUCAAGAAUUGAGCGAUUUACAAGCUCAACUGACAGAAUUACAAGCUGAUAAUGAAAGAUUAACAGAAGAAAAGGGUGUUCUUUUGGAAUCAUUAUGUCGACAAACAGAAAAACUUGAAGAUUCAAGAUCUAAAGUUGAUACGUUACAAGGACUUUUAUUAAGAGAAGAAGAACCUCAAGAAUCUUCUAAAGGGUAUAACACAGAAAGAGAACAAAAAUUAGUUGACUUGUUAAAAAGUGCUCAAGAAGAACGAGAGGCUUUGCUUCAGAAGCAAGAAGAAUUAACAUCAGAAUUGAAAAAUUUAAGAACAACUGCCGAUGCGAAUGCCACUGAAGCAGAGAGAUUAAGAAAAUGUGUCAAUUUGCUUGAAUCUACUAUAGAAACAGUCAAUAUAGAACGUAAACAAUUAGAUGUAGAAUUAGCAGAAGCACGUCAAGAAGGUGCAAACAGAAGCAUAGAAAUAAGCAGAUUAGCUACCUUGCUGGAUAAUGCCAGAGCUAAGAUAGAAGAAUUAGAGCAAUCAAGACAAGUAGAAAAUAAAAGCGAAGCUGACGAAUUAUUAGAUGCUGCUAGACGUGAAAAGGAUACAUUAGAAACACAAGCAGCAGCUUUGCAAGAACAACUAGCACGUUCACAUUGUGAUCAUGAUCGUCUUAGGGAUCAAUAUUCUCAACUUCAAGAAGAAUACAAGGUUGCUCGAAAUAAUGCUAAAUCGGCUAUUGACGACUUGGAAUAUAGAUUAAAUCAAUUGAAAGACGAGCGACUUUCUGUCAGUACAGAAUUACAACUAGUAAGAGAUUCUUUAGCAGAAUUACAAACACAAUGUCAACGACAUCUAGAAGAUAAAAGAGAAUUGAAGGCUGCUCUUAGCGAAGCACAAAGGAGAGAACGCGAGGCACAAACUCAUCAGUACGAGUUGGAACGUGCUUUGGCUGAGGAACGUAAAUUGAGACAAGAAGAAAGUGCCGAGUGGGAACAAUUCCAGACGGAUUUACUUAUGACUGUUAGAGUUGCGAAUGACUUCAAAACUGAGGCCCAAAGCGAAUUAGAACGUGUGGUUCUGGAAAACAAAACGCAAAGAGAUAAACUAAGAUCAUUAGAGGCUCAACUAGAUAAACUCAAUAAAGGCAAUACCACAGUGUCCAACAAUAAAAUAUUUGAUACUACUAGCAGAAGUAAACGAAAACCGACUAGCAUAAUAUUGAAACGUGGACGUACCAUUACAAAACGUCCUUAUGAAAUAAGAAGACACAUACCACCUACUAAUUUUGUUCAAAAAAUAAUCAAAGAAAAUUCAUACAAGCUAACAAAUAAAUAUAUCGAGCUUACUCCUAUCGAUACAACAAAAGAAGAAAAUAUUACAAAGUUAUCUAAAGAUGAAACAGAUCUAGGCAGUCCAUGCUCUGUCAAAGAAGUUAUUAAAGUAGACGAAAAAUUAAUGUCUGGUAAAGAGAUCGAAUUUUGUCCAGCUUCUCCCAUAAAAACAAGAAGCCCUGAUAUGAAUACGGGACUAAGUAUAUUAGAAAAUAAGAUUGUAGAUUCGUCGAAAGAAAAUGUCAAUGAAGAAUUAUCUGAAAAAUUAUCUACUAAAAAACCUUUAAAUAUCCAGGAGAGAGAACUAUAUUCGGGGAUAAAUAAUAGUACGAAUAUGGAUAUAGAAAAGACUUUAAAAAAUGAGAAUAAUCAUCAUAAACUUUAUAUUCCUAAAUCACCUAGCAUAGAUCAAAAUAUAACUUCUAAAAGCUCUCUAUUAAAAAGUAUUAAAGGAAUUCAAACUGCUGAUCAAAAUUCAUAUGGCAUUAAUAUUUCUAACAGUAGAUUUUUCGUACCUAAAAAUUAUGUAUUUUCCGACAUCGACACUUCAAUGGAUGAUCUCAAAUUUGAAGUAGAUCCUGAAAUGAGCAAGUUAUUGCAAAAAAGUACAAAUAAAAUUCUUAACGAAACUGAUUCAAAUUCAAUCUCAGAAAUUCCUAGUGAAAAAUCUUCUAUGGAAAAUCUACCGAUAUUCGAAGAAACUGUGACCAAAGAUAUUCUUACGAUGGGUAAUAAAGAGAACUCCUCGUACGAACUUUCGGAAGAAAAUAAUUCAAUGGAAGAAAUUAACUUGACCGAUAAAAAGAAACGAUUAUUUUUAAAAAAAUAUGAAUCCAAACCGAGUAGCGAAAUAGUUGAUUCACUUUUGGAUAAUAUACAGUAUAGACCAAAAUUGAAUAUGAACAAUUAUUUAAGGCAUAAAAAUUUUUCUACCUCAUUAGAUAAUCUUGAUUUCUAUAGAAUAACUCAUAACAAUGAUAAUAUUAAGACUCAUAGAAGUUACGAAUCUCUUCCAAUAAUUGAUUAUGAAGUGAAGAAUAAAACAGAAAAAGAAAAAAAUUCCAAUAAAAAUCAAUCUAAUUUGGAUGAGGAAAAACAAAAUAAUAUUUCUACUAAUAAUAGUGAAAAAUCUCCUGUAAAAUGUAAUUAUCGUUCAACGUAUGAUACGAAUACACAUGCAUCCAUUUACAGACAAAGGAAUAUUGAAACAAAAUUAAAAAUAACUACGAUUCCCAUCAAGAAUAAAGAUAACAAUUACAGUUCAAAUAAUAUUUCUACCAAAUUUCAUUUAGAAAAAGAUCAAUUCAAAGAUGUAGAUUCUUUGAAUUGUCGAAGAAAGAGUACAGGAAAAUCAAUUUAUGAAUUUAACAAAUCGAAAUCUUUUCAAUAUCUAAAACGUAACUAUUUAGAAAAGCGUAAUUCUUAUCCAUCUAUGUCUUCUAUGAAGCAUAUUCCUAUAUCUCCUCCUAUUUGCAAUACGAUGCAUUCUAUAACACCAUCAUACACAUCAAGUAGAACUUCAGCCUAUACUUUAAGAGACAGCACUCAUCAAACAUCCGAACAAUAUUCUCCUACUAGAAUGUUAAAAAAAUCAUUUAAAGAUAUAUCCAAAUACAAUGAUUUACAAAGUGACAGAUAUCUAGCUCUAUGCGAAGCUAAUCGUCUGAAACGUUUAAAAUUUUUAAGAAUGAAUUUCCAAGCGGAUUAUGAUAUAGAAGAUAAAAAGAUACAAGUCAGUAACAGUCAUGUUAUUAGAAAAACAUCAGCGAACGGUGGCAAUUAUAGUGCGGGUAUUGUAUCAGAUGUAUCGCAAAAUGAUACUAAUUUUUCCUUGCUAAGCAAGGAUCGAGCGAUAGGUCGCACAUCAUCCUUGAGAGACAAAUUUGAGACUAUCAUAGAAGAUGUGGAACUGAGAGCGGGUCGACGUUCACUAAUAGGAAAAACUUGCGACCAUCGGGUCGAUUUUUCAGCAAAUCAAAAAGUUGUACAACAGCCACCUCCAAGGCCAGCAAGUACACCAACGGAAACUACACAACAGUGUGUUUUAACAAGUGUAAGAAAGGCUAAUAUUUCGCGCCAAGAUUCUAGAUUAUCUGUUAAAUGUCUAAUAGAAAGUAUUGAAAAUGCCACAAAACAGGCUAAAGCUGGACCUGGAAGCCGCAGCAGUUCAACGUCAUCUUUGAAUUCUAUUGGAACAAAUGAUAUAAUGACACUGAAAUCUCCUUUAAGAGAUCAGCAACAAAUAAACAAUUUAAUUUGUACAUCUAAUUCAUCAAAUAAUAAUAAAACACAGACGGCUAUAAAUAGGAAACCAUUAUCAGAAACAAAAUCAGCAGUACCUGUGGUUUUAAGUCCUGGUGAACUUUUGGAUUCUGCUGCACUAAAUGUCAAGGCUAUUGAUUUUGUUCGUCGAAAUAGUGUGGCAGAUUUAUCAGAACGUAAAGAUCCUCUUUGCGGUUUAAUCAAGAAUGGAGGUUCAAAGAGAAAUGCAUUACUUAAGUGGUGUCAAAACAAAACAUUAGGCUAUCGAAAUAUCGAUAUAACUAAUUUUAGCAGUUCUUGGAAUGAUGGCUUAGCUCUUUGUGCUAUUCUUCAUUCGUAUCUUCCAUAUAAAGUACCGUAUGAUACUUUAACGCCUACCGAAAAAAGAAAAAAUUUCUCCAUCGCAUUCUCUGCAGCUGAAAGUGUUGGCAUACCUACUACUUUGAAUAUAGGAGAAAUGUGUCAACUGGAACGACCUGAUUGGCAACAAGUCAUGACAUAUGUGACUAGUAUUUAUAAACAUUUUGAAACGUAAUUGUGGUCAUUAUCAAAGAUCAAGCUAUAUCAUCUUUUCCAUUGAAUCCUCUUACACUUAUUUGAGUGAUCAAGAACAACGGCAUCUAGUCAACUAAAUUCUGCAAGACACAAUUUUAUACGAAUUUUUGAUUAUUGCUGGAUUAGAGCACUGCCUAUACUGUAUAUAUAGCUUUAUGUGAAAGGAUCUAUUGAAGCAUACAGAGAAUUCGAUGGAAGACUACACACCAAAUGGAAUUGCUUUUAUCAUGAGACUGAAAACUUAUUUACACAUGUGUACGCAUACAUACUAUGUAUAGUUAAAAACCAAGAAAUAUGGAUAUUUAAAUCUAACGAAAGUAUAAAACAAAUACCUUUUAUAUAUAUACAUAUAAAUAUAUAAAAGGAAAGAUAUAUAUAUAUAUAUAAAAAAUUAAAUGCAAACUUCAUACGACUUUCUAUAAUAAAUAUAUAACUGUGCUUUGCAGUGUCUUCUUGGCAGAACUAUGCUAUACGCAUUGCAACAGGCUGUAUUGCAAAUGCGAAAAUACAUGUUUACAUAGUAGAGUCUUACAUAUUUGCAAAUAAUAAAUGUCAAGUAUUUGCGUUCCUCAUACUGUAUUUUUGUACUUGGAUUAUUUUUCGAAAUACUUUUGUAAAUUUAUGAACGAUGUACAGAACUAAGCGCCUUAAUUUAAGAUAUCUAAUUUAUUGCAUUAGUCAUGUUUAGUCCACUAUGAAGCAAAGCAGCAUAUUAUUAGAAGAGAUUGUUUAUGUUCUAUUUUACUGAAUGAGAUAGGAUUAAAAAGAAAAAGAAAUGAUUAAAGGCUAAGUUCUCUGUGAUAUAGGAAGGUAGCCUCGAUACAGAGAUACAGACGUUAUCGUUAUUGUUCUUAUCAUUAGCGCUAAUAUUAAUAUCGUCCUUGUCGUCGUUGUUAUAUUAAUAUAGACAAUAUGCUGUCUGAUAUAAAACAAUAAACUUGCCUGAUAUAUGGAUAUUUAAAA